AUGGUGCAAAUAAACGCAAUCGAAGAGCUCACUCGCACCGAGUCUCUGACCAGAGUAGCUGACGAGGAUCUGAAGCGGGAAAGGGACCUUGAAGAGGGUUCAACUUCAGUCGAAUUCGAUGAAAAUGUUGAUAAUGAUCCCCAUAUCGUCAACUGGGAUGGCCCCGACGACCCAGCAAAUCCCCAGAACUGGUCAAUGAAGAAGAAGACUAUUACAGUAUUAAUAGUUUCGUCCGUGACAUUUGUCACUCCACUGGCUUCUUCUAUCUUCGCGCCUAGUAUCGAACAAGUUAUGACAGAGUUCCAUUCUACGAAUUCGCAGGUGGCAUCUUUCAUCGUCUCGGUGUACCUCAUUGGAUACUGCUUCGGCCCUCUGGUCAUUGCUCCCCUAUCUGAGAUGUAUGGUCGUCUUCCACUCUACCACAUUUGCAAUGUUCUCUUCGUCAUCUUCAACGUAGCUUGUGCAUUGGCCCCUAACCUGGGUGGUCUCAUUGCAUUCCGCCUUCUUGCUGGGCUUGCGGGCUCCUGCCCGUUGACCAUCGGAGCUGGGUCUUUGGCCGAUAUCAUCUCCAGAGAAAAACGCGGCGCUGCUAUGUCUUCAUGGGCUCUUGGACCUCUUUUUGGGCCGGUUAUCGGACCAGUUGCUGGCGGUUACCUUUCACAAGCCAAGAGUUGGCGAUGGUCUUUCUGGGUUGUCUCUAUUCUGGCCGGCGCAAUUACAAUCAUGGCAUUUGUGUUCAUGAGAGAGACAUAUGCAUAUACUAUUCUCGAUAAGAAGACCAAGAAGCUUCGUAAGGAAACAGGAAACCCUAAGCUGCGCUCUGCUCUCGCCAAAGAUAUCACUACAAAGGAACUCUUCAGCAUGGCCAUGGUGCGGCCGACAAAGAUGCUCUUGUUUGCGCCUAUCGUCUCGCUCUUAUCGCUUUAUAUGGCGCUCGUCUACGGUUAUCUCUAUCUCCUCUUUACAGCCAUUCCCACCUUGUUCGUCAAAGAAUACCAUUUCUCCAGCGGAUCAGUUGGUCUCUCUUACCUGGGAAUUGGCGUAGGAUCCUUGAUAGGACUUGUAAUUUCCGGAGCGGCGUCAGACCCCUUGGUCAACUACUUGACCAAGAAGAACGGGGGAGAGCGUAAGCCAGAGUACCGACUACCGCUCAUGGCGGCAGCUUGUUUUAUGGUCCCAGCCGGUCUAUUUAUGUUUGGGUGGUCUGCCGAGGCCAGAACCCACUGGAUAGUCCCUAUUAUUGGCACCUCUUUUUUGGGGGUUGGCAUGAUCAUCGUGUUUAUGUGCAUCUCAGUUUAUUUAGUUGACGCAUACAUAGAGUAUGCUGCUUCUGCUAUUGCUGCAAGUACCGUACUCCGGUCACUAGUCGGAGCACUAUUGCCCCUGGCUGGAGGAAGUAUGUACAAGAGCCUAGGUUAUGGUUGGGGAACUUCGGUACUAGGCUUUGUUGCGGCAGCAGCAAUUCCGUUACCACUGGUAUUCUACAAGUACGGAGAGAGAAUUCGAAGCCGGAAUCUAUUCGAUGUCAAGCUUUAA